AUGUAUGUCUCUAAUAAGGGAGAACUAAAUCGAUUCACCUUGGAUGUCAACCUCCAUGAAGCAGACGUACUCUCCAGAGUCAAUUACAUCAACACCACCAUUCUGGCUAGAAAUCCAAUUGAAAAACUGGAAGAGCAAAAACUCUUUUUCGACCCAACCAGUCUUGGCAGGUAUAAGAAUUAUCGAGGAGCAUCGUCCAAGAUAGCCAAUUACAUCAAGAAUCUUGAUCCCAUAGUGAGAGCAGCCUUUGUCGUAGAGAGGUCUCCGCCUUCUAUCAGAUAUAACUCCUCUCGCAACCCUAAAGCACAAGAGAAACUUAAACAGAAGAUUGAUAAAUUGAACAAUUUCCAAAAUGAUGAUUCCGGCAUUAAAUACUUUAAUCAACAUCGUCGCAGUUGCAGUCCAAGAUUAAAGUUACCUGCUGUCUCUAAAUACCACAAAAACCCUCCCAAAAUGCUAGUAAAUUCAUACGAAUCCAGAACUAUCGAUGCAGAUAGCACAUUGUCUCAUUCUGUACAUAACCAUUGA